AUGGCGAAGGCUCCAUCACUGCGACAUCGAGGCUUGCUUCGUCUAGCACUAGCACAUUCAUCUUUGGCCAUCCCUCGCCUGACUUGGGGUGUGAGGAGUGGGGGUACUAGGCGGCAUGCUAGGGAUCUCCUGAAAAUGCCGGAUGUUGGCGCGCUUUGUUUCUUGGAAACAAAAACUAAGGCAGCUGAUGGUUUACUAAAAAUGGCUGAUAAGUUUGGCUUUUGUUCUUCCUUUAUGGUUGAUCCUCUCGGUUUUGCGGGAGGUUUACUCUUAGUUUGGAAUAAAGACCGUGUUCCACUCUUUGUGGUCGAACACAAUUCUCAGACCAUCCACACUUUGAUUCCGCAGCGGGAUGGUAAAAACAUUCGGAUUUCCUUUGCUUAUGUUAGACCCAAUCGUAGGGCGAAAGAAAUUUUUUGGCAGGGUUGCAAGGACUACUCUACUUCCUUUCAAGACCCAUGGGUUGUCCUUGGUGAUUUUAAUGACAUCUCAGGGCAAGCAGACCAAUGGGGUACGGGGGAGAUCGUUGUCAGUUCAGUUGACAAGUUUUUGGACGCGAUGAAUGACUGCGGCCUCAUGGAUCUUGGGACUUCUGGGUCCAGAUUCUCAUGGUACAGGAAAGUGGGGGAGAGGGUCACGCUCAGAAGGAAGCUUGACCGGGUUCUCUGGAAUAUGGAAGCACAGCUGUCCUUUCCUGAAGGAAAAACCCACAUCUUGCCUUGUACUCAUUCGGACCAUCAUCCUGUCCAGUUUGAUAGUGCCGCGGGUACUCCACCACCUAAGAAAAAAAACACGCUAGCAAGAAUAGUGGGGAUCCAGGCUUCGCCCAACUACAGUUCUGAUAGGGGGUUGUUAAGGCUCGAAAAAGCUCUUCUUAAUGAUCUCAACAAUACCCUGAAACAAGAGGAGGUUUUCUGGAACCAAGACACAACGAAGGAGACUCCUACCCUUAGGAGCGGGCGUAAUAUCAAUAACAGGCAGGCACAAAGUUUGAUCCGGUAUGCUACGGUGGAGGAAGUCCGCCACGCUGUUUUCGGCAUGAAACGGUUUGGGAGCCCGGGCCCGGAUGGGAUCCAAGCAGCCUUCUAUCGGCAUUACUGGGAUAUCGUUGGUGACUUGGUAACGAAUUUCGUUAACUCGUGUCUCAUUUCAGGUACCGUUCCAACUGGAAUGUUGGAAGCUUACAUGACUUUAAUUCCCAAAAAAGAUUGCCCAGAAAAUGCAGGGGAUUUUAGGCCAAUCACUUUGCUUAAUGUGAUCUUCAAGAUUGUCUCCAAAGUUCUUGUCAACCGGCUCAGACCAGUCAUGAAGAAAUUGGUGGGGCCGUUCCAAAACAGCUUUCUCCCGGGAAGAUCUACUCUUGAUAAUGUUGUUAUGACCCAAGAGAUUGUUCACAAUAUGUCUAAAGCCAAGGGCAAGAAGGGCUUCAUGGUUCUCAAAUUGGUUAUCCACAAGGCCUACGACAGCCUGGAUUGGGGGUUCCUAGAGUCGGUCCUUUGCAAAUUUAACUUCCCGAAUUGA